AAUACAGUUUUGUUUUUAUCGAUGGAACCUCGAGAAAAUUCAACAUUUCCCAAUUUAAAUGGAAAACGACCCGAGUUUUACCUUGCUCCCAUGGUGAGAUAUUCAAAGCUUGCAUUCCGGCAGCUAGUUCGCGUGUAUGAUGUAGAUGUGUGUUUCACGCCAAUGAUUUAUGCAAAGAACUUUAUUGAAUCCGAAAAAUGCAGAAGUAGUGAGCUUUCGGUCUGCGAAGGCGAUUCUCCAUUAAUCGUUCAGUUUGCCACGGAUGACCCCUUUGUUCUAUCAGAAGCAGCAGAGAUGGUUUAUAAAUGCUCAACCGGCGUGGAUUUAAAUUGUGGGUGUCCGAAGCAUGACGUACGCUCCAAAGGAUUCGGAAGUGCUCUCUUAAGCAAACCGGAACUGCUCGCAGACAUGGUUCGACAGACCAGAGCUCGGAUCCCAGACCCAGAUUUUAGUGUCUCGCUGAAAAUUCGAAUAAAUCAUGACAUCGAGAAGACAGUCGAUUUGUGCAGAAAGGCAGAAGCAGCUGGCGUAACACAUCUAACUGUUCAUGGAAGAACACCAUCUCAGAGAGCGGAGCCUAUCGAUAUUCAAGCUUUAAGAAUAGUAAAGGACUCUGUAUCAGUUCCAAUUAUUGCAAAUGGAGGCAUCACAACACGAGAAGAAGCUCUGUUCCUAGCUGAACAAACUGGAGUUGAUGGAAUUAUGGCGGCUAAUGGACUUUUGGAUAAUCCGGCACUUUUCGCAGGACAUGAGCACACACCCAGCGAUUGUGUGGAGAACUUUAUGCGUCUAUCGAGAGAAUAUGGUUUAGAUUGGCUUUUGUACCAUCAACACCUUCAAUAUAUGCUCCGGCCGGUAUUUUCUGCACAACAACGACGGGUUUUCAAUGAGCUAAAUGGGAGACUGGCGAUUGAUCACUUUUUAAAUAAUUUGCUAGAUAUUUAAAUAUCCAAAUUUUUGUUGAUUUUUGUUGUUACCCUCACUUGUUUGUUCUUGUAUUUUAAACUUGAAAAUGUCUGAAAGAGUUGGCAAUAUAUAAAGCAGAACAAAAAUG